UCAGCUUCCCGUCAUAUGUGCAAGCAGCUGAAAAGAAAAAAAAACGGAAAAUAAGGAAAAACACAGCAAAACAGCGCAGCACGUACGGAUGUACCAAUAGAUAGGUUCGGGUCGCGGGAGCACCAAAACAGCAUCAGCGUGUGUGUGUGUGUGAUCGGGUUUCGAUCGCAAGAAGGAAGAAAAACCCCCGCAGCACCGAAACCAGGGAGCAGGCAGCUGCUCAUCCGGUCAAAGAAGCGCUCAUCGGCGUUGGCAAAGAAACCUCCCACAAGGGGCCUCGGGUCUUUGCGGAGAAAAGAUGAGCUGGUGUAGCUUCUAAAACCACACAGGUGUAUCGGUGGAAGUGGAGAAGACAAUCUUGUUCCCCCGACGAGUGUCAGUGGGCCAAUCCCCGUGGUGGACGGUGUUCGGAAGCGGAAGGGGGACCAAAAUUAGAUCUGCCAGAGUAGUGUGAGCGGAAAAACACCGCUAAGAAGAGUUGAUGCCCAACAUUGUGCCAACAACUCCUCCAUACCCAAACGCACACACGCAUAACAAGCUCUUUUUCAGCACGGAUCGGCUGGAAAACGGGAACGGAAACGGAAGUGCAAAGUGUUUUCGUGCGAAGGGAAAUCUACAGAGCAAAAAAAAGAGAGAGAGAGCGAGAGUGAGUGAGGUCACAAAGGAAGUGCUCCCGGUACACACGCGUAUCGCAUCCCCUCCCCACUCUGGUACCUUCCAUCCUCAACCGACGGGACAAUUUAGUGCCCAAUGUGUGUGAACGCCGUGCUGGUGUGUGCGCGUCCGAAUCACGUCGGCAUGCAGGAGGGUUGAUGGUUGAUUUGUUUGCUAAAUUGUUGCGCCCUCGUCGUUCCCUCCCCGCCCCACCCCCUGUUCCGACCCGUUCCGUGUUUAGGUCACUGGGUGGGCUGUCGGUAGUGUAGCCCCGUGGCGGGGGAGAAGAAGAAAGCAACGACACACAUCCCCGAACACACUCGGUUGCGUGUCAUCCGUGCAUUACGCGGUGCGUGUAGAGUGUGUGGUUGUGUGCGCUUGUGAGUGGGCUGCAUGCCAAAGGUCACCACAACUGGGUGAAAAUCCAUCUCAAACAGCGCCCCUCAAUCCGCCACACACCAUUCCACCGGAAAAAAAACUUCGAUCGAAAGUGUGGAGCCUUCAGCCAGCGACCAGGUCCAGCACCCAGCCCAGGACUUUUGUUUCCACGGCAACCAGGAACAUUCACAGCCACCACGACGACGAUGGAUGAGCUGAGCGAGGCGGAACUGCGGUACUACAAUGAUCUGUUUAAAAUCUGCAGCGAAACGGACGGGGCGGGCAAGAUACCGGCCCUGAAGGCGACGUCACUGUUCCGCUCGGCCAACCUGUCCAGCGAGAUCAUAAACAAGAUUACGGCACUGGCUGGCAUUCCCCAAACGGCACUGCACCUUUCCCGGCAGCAGUUUUACGGCUGUCUGAAGCUGAUCGCCGCCUACCAGGCCGCUGUCCCGCUGCGGGAAGAGAUUCUUACAACUUCGGUCAAUCUGCCGCUGCCCCAGUUCAGCUGGAUCGAUCCGGCGACGGGACCAUCGUCCGGGGCGGGCGACUCUUCGUCCCUUUCCUCGAGCAUCUUGUCGGCGGCGGGAUCGGGCAGCGGUACCGGGGCCGGCGGCAGCCAAACGGGCACGCUGGAACGCAACGGCUACAGUGAGGUGAACCGUCGUGCCUCGCUAAAAAUGGCUGGCAGUGUAGCGGGUGGAGGCGGUGGUGCGGGCAGCACAACACAGGACAGCAGUGCCUCGACCGGGGGCGAAAUGACCAACUCCGACCAGCCGAGCACCGACUCCGAGGUGGAGCAUAACGAUGAUCCGGUCAAUAUGAUUCGGGGUGAGCGCGAGCGGCACACGGUCGGUAUGCUGAAGGGCGGUGGCAUUGUGAUGAUCGGCAACAGCCAUCCACUGGUGGGCGGGGGUGCCGGUGGUGGUGGUCAUGGCGGAGGACACGGCGGUGGUGGUGGUGGAGGAUCGCCGGAAGCGUGGAGUACGGCAAGCGAUAGUCCGACGCCGACGAACAGCGUCGCGGAACGGCCGUGGGCCAAUCAAACCCUCUGGCAGGGGUUGGUGUGUGAGGAGCAGCGGCAGCUGCUGGGCACGGAGGAGGAAUCGUCCGACCGGCACAGCAGCGACGAGGACGAGCAGGAGAUUGAUCUCGAGUAUUUCUACCAGAUUUCACAAACGCAGAAGGACUACUAUCUGAAACAGUUCCGCACGAUCCAGCCGGACGUGCACGGGCUGGUGAGCGGACCGGUUGCGAGGGUUUUCUUCGAGAAAUCACGCAUCCCGAUCGACGAGCUGCGACACAUCUGGCAGAUGUGCGACGUGACGCGGGAUGGCGCCCUAAACUUGGCCGAAUUUACCGCCGCCAUGCAUCUGGUGGUGCUGCGUCGCAACAACAUACCCGUGCCGGCCACACUACCCCCCUGUCUGUUGCCAACGCUACUGCAACACUCACUGCUUCAACCGGCAGCGGGCGGUGCGUCCGGCAGUUCCGCUCUGCCGGCCAGUGCUUCGGCCGAGGUGCCAACAACGACCGGUGGCAGCGGUUCUGGUGCUGCCGCCGGUGCGAAUGUUUCCCUCGCUAACGAACGAACCGAACCGGCGGAAGCAGAUCUGCUACAUCUCGAAAGCGAUGACAAUGUAGAGAGCAGCAGCCGGAAGCGGUUCGACGCCCACAAAGACUAUCAGCGCAUGGUGCCGGUGCCGGACACGCUCACGUUUGCGAAGGUUGCUGCGCCGGCUGGGGGUGGCGCGCCGGUAGGGGUCAGCGUUGCCGCACACGAUGCCAGCCCGCCCUCCGUAUCGUCGGCGACCGGUGUUGGCAGCAGCAGCGGUACGACCGGCUCCGUAUCGGUCGCCAACGCCACCAAGGGCAGCAGCAACAGUGGCAGCAACAGCAGCAGCGCGGCUGUGUCCACGACUGGCGGUCGCAAAACGCCACCGAACGUUUCGCCGCCGGUUUUGGCGCAGCACCAUCAACAGCACGCGGCCGGUUCGGCCCAGAAGGUGAAACAAUCGGCCGACCAUCCAGCCACGCCACCGAACACAAAAACCAACAAGGAGUGGAACUCAACCACGAAAGAAUGGACCAAGUUCAUGGAAUCUCCCACAUCGAACGUCUCUAGUCCGGGCCCGAAGCCGGUCAACUUUGAUCUGCAGCGAACGACGCAAGCGAUUGUGUCCAAUCCACACAUUGUGCAUCCUGUCCCAUUACGUGUUACCCCUGUUGGUGCUGAAGCGGUCGAUAAUGGUAGUCUAGUCUAUGGUAGUGACGGCACCGGCAGCCUAAUGGUCGUCCAAACGAGGGACGAUUCCAGCCCGAAGCAACAAACUUCCCAGCAGCAGCAGCAGCAGCAGCAACCGCCACUGCCCCAUCAUCACAGCACGCCACGGGACUCGCUCACGAAUAGCGGCGAUUUACGUGCCAUCCAAAGACCGCAGCCGAAGAAACCACCGUCGAAGGGUGUCGGUGCGAUACCGCCACCGCCGCAGCGCGAUUCCGGCGGUGCCCAUCCAGCGAGCAGUGCGCACUCGGGCAACGAUUCGAUGACCGUUUCGCUCGAUGCGUCCGGCUUUGCGGCUAGCAGCAGCAGUAGUGCGGGUGGCAGUAACGCAACCGCCACCAUCGAACGUUUGCCCUCGCUGGCGAAGAAACAAUCGGUCGAUCAGCAGCCACCGCCACCGCCGCUGCCGCCACCGAGACCGUCCGCCCAUCGGCACACGCGCAGCAGCAGCCUGGAUCUGAACAAGCUGAAGCUCACGACGAACAGUGCGGCCAUGGCACCGAUAGGCGAUCCGCUCAAGAUGCCACCACCGCCCGAGGUGCCACCGAGGGUAACGCCGACCGGGGAGGCACCCACCGGUCAUCGACAGCCGGCCCAUGGGUUUGCCGACUUUACCCACUUUCCCAGUGGAGCGUCGUCCGGACAGCGGAUUGGGUCAAUCGGUGAUUCGAGUAACAUCACAACGAUCCAUCUCGAUGCGGCCGGCAACAUGACACACCAUUCCACACCGCGCGGUUCCGGCACGCUGCCGAAAUCGCUCGUCAUGCAUCAGCCGCGCAACAGCGCGUUCGAGGUAUACCGUAAGCCGCACGCCGACGGACGACUGGUAGCGGCAGCGGCGUCGGCUGCCCGCGGUUCCCAGUCGCCCCAGUCGCAGCAACCGCCGCUGGUCACAUCGCGCAGCGUCGACACGUCCGGUGCGGUGUUGUCCGGCGGCGGCGGCGACUACGAUAAGCGCAUUUCCGCGCUGAGCGACAGCUUGCGGCAGGUCCGGUUUAAAGCGAACGACCCGCCGCCCGUCAUGCCGGACGUGCUGAAGCAGCUGAAGGAGCAGAAUCUGCUGCUGCUGCGAAUAUGCAACGAUCUGAGCGAGGAACUGCUGCACAUUCAGCAGAAGCGGGAAGACAUUCGCAUCAAGAUCGAGCUGCAGGAGCAGAUACUGGGCGGUGGUGGUGGUGGUGGUAGUAACAGCACCACCUCCACCAUGCUGUCCACCGGUCCGUCUUCGUUGCCGGCCGUGUCCAGCACGUCCUCGUCCCACACUACCAACCACCACCAUUCGCACCAUCACGCGAAUCUAUGAGCGGGUGGUUCGGUCGGUUAAAUCGGACACGAUUCCAUUGGUCCAUUUGUUCGUGCUCCGGGCACCGUUUUACCACCCCUCGUGUGACGGUGCUCUGUGUUAGAUAGUGUGUUUUGCCUCUGACUAUAAGGAAGCCAUAUAAUCAACAUCCAACUUGCAUGGAUACUGUGUUUAGAUCGUGUCCCGUUUAGCAGUUAGAUCGUCAAAGAUAUACAUCUCGAACGCAUAUACGAAGCAUGUCUCCUCUCUUUCUCCUCUCUCUAUCUUUCUAUAUCUCCCGCGCGAACACACACCCUCCCACAAGGUUCCCCGUGUCUCUCGAAAAGAAACGAAUAAGACAUUGCAGCGUUUUGUAAAUAGGAUCAGAGUGCGGUGGGGUGUGUUCGUUUUUUCCUCUUUCGUAUGUUUUAGCUAGAUUUAUCCUUUUGCCUAUAGUUAUCCCGAUCGAUCGAAUCUAUCUCGUGUUAUUGUGAAAUUGAUACUCAUCCCUGUGCCGUGUGUGUGUGUGUGUGUCUAGCCACUGGGACAAUAUUUGAUGGUUGUGUUUUGUUACUCCGCUGUCCGCUGUUGCGCAUGUGUUGUGUACUGUACAUAUUUCCGCUUUUCUUACAAUUUUCAUUGAAAUGUCACUUCCAAGAUCGUUUCAGUAGCUUUUGAUUUAAGUAGGUGCAUGAGGACAGGUAUGCUAAAACGUUCCUCCUCUUACCUUUUCAUCUAAGAUUUUGAGUUUGAGAUGCUCGAAGCGGCACGAUGCCAAACUCAAACACACAUUGCAUCCUUUCCGUUAUAAAUUAUGGACCAAACUGUAACUGUAACUGCAUACGUUUUAAGCUUGUUUUUGUGACAAAUAGCUUGUACUUUCCUGUCCUUGUAACGAACUCCCCCCCUCCGCUUUUAUCGUCAUUAGUUGCAGCAGUUCAUUCCUUGCAAAAUAUCUCCUCAAUUGCUAUUCACUUAGUCCUUAACGCGCUCCUCCUCUCUGUGUCCUCAGCACACCCUCUCUGUCCAGUUUAUGCCUUCCCAACACGCCGCACAAAAAUAGCGCCAUUCGAUGGCGAGAUACUUCGAUACGUUCGAAAUGCUUGAAAUCGUUAAAAUGUGCAUGCUGCUGUGCUGCGCUGCAAGCGAGGGAUCACUGUUAAUCAUUAAGCAACAAAAGAAGAAGAAGAAGAAGAAAAAAGGGAAUAUAUAUAUACAGAAGACAUGCAUGUGUACGUAUGCGUGUAUGUGUGUGUGUUUGUCUGUACGUAUGUGUAUGUGUGUUGAACACUUCCGCAACCCGUUGACUGGCUUAGAGAGUAGCACACCCCAUGGUGGUGCAAUGUUUUUAAAUCUUACAUAUUUUAAUGAUGAAUUAAUAUACUUAGUCUGUAUAGCGCUCUUCUGCCUGUGUCGUGUCGUAACGCAAUGGAAACGCAACAAUACAAAACAAAAAAUACGAUAAUAAUAUGUUUUAAAUAGCUGAGAGCUCAUUCAAAUUCGAUGAAUGGUGGAAAUUGUGCAAAACGGAAUCUAUGAAUAUUGCGCGAAAGAUGACGAUCGUUGAUGUUGGGAAGAAUGCGGAUGUGGGAAGGGACGCUUGAGCGCAUGUUCGUAAGAAAGAAACUGUUGAAAUGGUGGCUCGAUGGACUGGGCGGACGCGUGGAUUAUAUAAAUUAAACGUAAAUCUCUACUGUCUAAACACUAAACACUAUCAUCGGCGCAUGUGAUCGAGACACGAAACAAAGUGAAUGUUUGUUAAAGUAGAAGCUAUCAAGGGAAGCGAAGGGAAGAUUACUGUGUAGGAAGGAACAACCGCCCCGAGGGGCGGCUACUCGUACGUUUUUAGUGUGUCGUUUGGGGAAGUAGUAGCAUAAAACACUGAUAAGAACAAUGGCGACGUAUAAAAAGCUUGUGUUGUUACAUUAUGUGGACUGUGUAUGGCUUGUUGGCGGAGAGGGGUGUGGUAUGUAAGGACGCGAAACGCGAACCUGGAAGGGUGAUUCUAUUUUAUAUACGAUGUGUAAUAAUGCGUUAGCAAGCGAUAAAAGAAUACAGAACAUUAAUACAAAACAAAACGAAUCCAAAACCCCCUCCCCCGGGGAUCGUUUAUAAUCAAAGAGUACGAGAGAAAGAGAGAUUAUUUAUAGAACGUAGAAGAAGAAAACGUCGGUGCGCAAACAAAACAAAAAAGCUCCAUACAUAUAUUUUUCUCCCCUAUUUGCGCGAACUGUACUAGUAGUAGUUGGUAUAUUAAAUUCAUGGCGUAAAUUUCACAGUCACAGUGCAAACGACACGACCUAAGUAUUACGAACACACUCGUGGGGGAAGCGCACUCAUUUGGUACGGCCAAGUAUGCAUAAGAUCGGUUGAAAUGGAUCUUUAAAUCAUGAAUGCGUUUCGUCAGAUCGUUAGAGGUUUCUUUUCCCCUUUUCCAUCCGCGACGCCUCCAAUUGUUUCUCUUUCUGAGGGCGACGGUUUAUGGCCGCUUUGCGUACCGAGCAGCUCGCAGCAUCCCGCGCCGUUUGUUCAGCUGCAAGUUGAGUGCCACCCGGCCCAGGACUAUCAUCGGUAGGAGGUAUGAAAGUGGGUGAAGUGAGGUCAUAAUUUGUGUGUUUUUUCUACUUUUCUUUCGCCCUUGAAAGGAGCACCCGCACCGAAAGAGACACGAUCAAUGUCAAUGCUAGUGAAAGAAUCUAAUUGUGCAGAUCUCCGCUGUGCGUAAAAACCAACAAAACUAGGCAGAGAGAGAGAGGGAGAGAGAGGGAGAGAAAGAAAGAACGUUGAAUAAACUCAAAGCAUGUGUCAUUCUAAAGCGAAAUGUUUACUACCUCCUUUGAGUACGUAAAAAUGUCCGAAUGAAGUGUAUGACGCACCCCACGAUUCCAUUUUUAUGGUUUAAAGGAUUAAGGUGGAAGCGCUACUUCGAAGGACACCUGAAUGGUGCAGAUGCAGGAGAGGCUGGCGCAAGUCGUAGAACAAGGCAAUCACCAUAGCAACAGCACAGCAGUAACAACUGCGACAGCAUCGGCGCAGAAGACGAGGUGCCCCCGCCACUUCCCAGGUGCAGUGGUAUCAUUUCCCUGGGAAGUUGGUCCGGCUGUUAGAGGCCACCAUGAACGGGGUGCAGUGCAAGGUGAGAGUAUCGAACUUGACGUCGGAAUCGUUCAAAUCUCACAGGGGUCUGAGGCAAGGUGACGGAUUCUCCUGUCUGCUCUUCAACAUCGCCCUGGAAGGUGUCAUUCGAAGCGCGGGACUAGACAACGACAUCAGGGGCACGAUGUUCUACCGAUUUCUCCAAUUUCUUGGCUUCGCGGAUGACAUUGAUAUCAUGAUCAUCAUGAUAUCAUCGGCUGAACAACAGCGAAGGUGUGUGAGGCGAGAAUCAAUGCGACGAAGACGAAGUACCUACUUGCCGGAGACUCCGACCAUCCGGGGAGCAGUGUAUUAGUUGACAAUCUCGAGGUAGUAAAGGAGUUCUACUAUCUUGGGACGGUUCAGACAACGACAUCAGCAGCGAAAUCCGGAGACGCAUUGUACAGGGGAAUCGUGUAUACUUUAGGCUUCACCGGCUGCUGAGAUCCAGAAGACCUCGAGCCCGCACGAAAUGUCAGAUAUAUCGCACAUUGAUUCGCCCGGUGGUUCUCUAUGGACACGAGUCCUGGACCAUCCGAGCGGAGGAUGCAAACGCUCUGGGCAUGUUUGAGCGACGCAUCCUCCGGACCAUAUUUGGCGGUGUGUUCGAGCAUGGAGCGUGGAGGCGAAGGGUGAACCACGAGCUUGCUGGGCUGUACGGCGUACCGAGCAUCCUGACGGUGGCGAAGGCUGGCAGGAUACGAUGGCUGGGGCAUGUCAUGAGGAUGCCGGACUCAUGCCCCACCAAGAAGGUGUUCGAUAGCGAUCCCCAGUUCGGCAUAAGGCGCAGGCGAGCACAGCGAUCUCGAUGACUCGACCAGGUGAAGCGAGACCUGACGGAGAUCGGGUGUCUACAUGGAUAGGAGGGCCAUGUCACAUCGACGUGCUCUUUUGUGAGCAGGUCAACAAGAGAGAGAGGAUAACACCAUCAUCAUCAUCAUCACGGAUCAGCCACACGUGUUCGAAUGGCGCUCAAUAACACCAAACAAAAACGGUUAAUUUAACCGUUACACGGUACUGAUAAGGCACCAAAACGGUGAUGCAUCGGUGGUUAUUUCCAAUCCUCUAACAUUGGAACUAACAAUGUCUAAAGGAACGUUACGGUGACACAGCGCAACAGGAAGAUGAUAAGCACUAUUGACCAACAAAUGCCAUUUUCGUCAUCGUUAAUAGCUCGAUCUGUAAUGAUGGAUGAAAGAUGGCAGAGCUCAGCUUGAAGCAUUGAAGCAAGCAGGUAAGCUUCCUGCUUGGUAGCUCAAUGAUUAACCGAAAAUCCGAUAGCAUUAUCAAGGGAUAUCUCGCAUUGAUUCGUCCGUUCACGCUGUAUCUAGAUUAAGUGCGCGCGCCCGAACAAACAAUGCGCACCUGGUAACGAUGGAUUAUCGAUUGCCUAAUGGCACCGAACGAACCGGGGUGUUGAUAGCCGGGACUCGGGCUCGCUUUCCCAAUUGACCAUUCUACAUACGGAUUGUGUUACCGUAGGGCGUUAACGGCGAUGCAUUUUCGAUAGGUUCAGUGUGAACGGAGCAGUGUACCGAGUCGGUCUCCAGGAGGAGGUAGUAUAGGAAGACAUCUAUUAUUACCGUUCCAAACAAUGUGGAUAGAGUUAAUCACCUGUCUGAUGGUCGCCUGAUAACAGUCACUCUCCUGCCCAAAUUCUCGCCCGUGUGUAUAUCGGAGGUUUAGUAGCUUCCGAUAAGCG